GUAUUUUUCCUUCGUCGACUGACCCGUAUUUGGCCGGGGGCGGGCAGCAAUCAGGAUGGCCUGACGAAUACACAGUAAAAACUCGGCGUAUAUACACCACGGGAGUUCAGGAUAGGACAAUCCGUACACGGCCCCAUCAUUCUGUUAAAAAACCCUAAGACAAUUAUGAGAUAUCAUUGAUUUCGAUACUUUCAAAACGAAAGACGGCUAUGGAGACUUAAGCCACGAGUUUGAAUUCCAAGUUGCCACUGUUGACAUCACGGUAGUCAAAAGAUAUGUACCAUUUGUUGACUUACGGCAUAAAGUUAACAAACUGCAACUGUUUGGAGCGGUGCUAUUGUUGCUUAAAACCAACUCACUUGCCUUAUACCUGUUACAAACACGGAUCGCCCACUUAGCUGAAUCGACUCGGAAAAAGUUUUUUUUUCCACUCUGGGUUUUUUUUGUACAAGAGGGGAAGAUAAAAAGGGGAGAAGAAAGAACCUGGGGACACAUAUCCCCUGUAACCCCGACUCUGUAAGCCUAUACACUUUUAAUAUAAGCAUGGACGGUAGGCCUGUGUAUUGUUGUUUGCCGUAAGAAAGAGAACAGUGGAUGCCACGGCGUGGCCGGAGGCAAGAUUUGUAAUUAUGCCGGUUCUCGCGAGACCCGCGCAGUGCGUGAUGCCCGCCAGCGCUUUCUGAUCGCCAACGGCCCUGAAUUCUCCACUCUUCGCCAUCAUUCGACUGGGUUCAUGAGCCCCACACGUAUUUUGCACCAAAAUCGCUGCGAUUUACUUGCGAGAGAGACGUGCGACGUUGUGAUUCUCCGAGAAAUACGACCAAAAAACCCGAUCCACCAAUGACCUCCGUGUGUGACUCCCGGGGACACAGCCCACUCGCACUUCGACCUUCUCCUGAAUUUCCAGAUUCCAAAGUGAUCCAGAUGUCGAAUGGAAGAAGUUCAACUGACUUUUCAUCACCGUAUGCGAUGGAAAUUGUUGAUCAAAAGAUAUCUACGUCAUUCAUGUCCGGGAUCAAGCGAAAGAUGUCAUCAUCGCUCUCUCCAUCACCAGUGACCACGCCCACCGCAAACUCUGUGACACCACCACCAGCACCAUCGUCCACAGGUAUCACCACCCCUUCUACCACCCAACAUCAAUCCUCGUCAACAACUCAACACAACGGUGUACCUCGAGUGGCGCCCAAUACCCGUUACACCGCUCCUGUCCACAUCGAUGUUGGAGGGCAAAUUUACACCAGUACACUGGAGACGUUGACCAAGUUUCCAGAGUCACGGCUGAGCAAGCUCUUCACUGGUCACAUACCGAUCAUCUUGGACUCUCUGAAGCAACACUAUUUUAUCGACAGAGAUGGCCAUCUCUUUCGGUACAUCCUAAAUUUCAUGCGGACGUCGAGGCUGCUUCUCCCUGGUGACUUCACCGAAGUGGAGGCUCUGUACGAGGAAGCACGAUACUACAAUCUCACCCCGAUGAUGGAAGCUCUUGAGCAGAUGAAGUCUUCUGAAGAAUCUUCAAAGACCACUCAAGAGAAGCGAGAGAAGGCACCGGUCAUCAAGGUAGAAAGUGGUUGCACCGGUAACGAAUGCGUCAUUGUCCAUACGUCACCAGACUGUGUCGAGCGUAUCUCCCUCAGUGGCAACAAGAAUAUCAUCUAUGAGUUGUUUCCAGAGGUAGGGAGCGUCAUCUGUAACUCCAGCCCACCGGCUGCAGCUGGUUGGGCACAAGAUUCGAACUGCGUCAUAAGGUUUCCAUUGAAUGCUUUCUGUAAGUUGUACACGAUACAGGUCUUGCAGCGCCUGCUUCAAAACAAUUUCGUUGUGAUUGCCUCCAGCGGAGGAGGUAUCGAAGGGUCGCAGUUCAGUGAGUACGUCCUCACUAGGAAAUAUGGACAGCUUACGUAACUCUACCUCACCAAGCCUGUAACCCUAAAUGCUCCAUAUCUCUCGAAUGUGAGAAAUGGAUGGCGA